AUGAACAGUUUCAGUGAUGUUUUAAGAGCACAGACUCUAGUGUCCUUCUCCACUUAUUACUCAGACUGUCUGGAUCUCUAUAGGGAUACUCACAGGACCUGCCACCUGAUACAGUUGUUGAAAAUUCUACCCACCCACCGAAUCCACUGUUCCUUGAUCUUGCCCCCAGGAGCCGUGAUUCACUCGGGAGAAACCAGCAGUCAGGAGCCAGAUGAGCUACUCCCAGCCAGCGAACACAUUUCUGGUGGCUUGGUUUGCACUCCACAUGCGCAGCCCUGGCAGGCAGCACUGUUCUACAACAAUGAUGGAUACUGCUCAGGGGCUCUGGUGCAUCCCCAGUGGGUGCUGACAGCUGCGCACUGCUGGAGGCCAUCCUACACCAUUGGGCUGGGACUGCAAAGAAUUUACCCUCCAUAUGAAGCAGGAAGUCAGAUGAUUGAGGCCAAUUUCUCCGUUAAGCACCCAAACUAUGACACACCUUGGAAAGCCUAUGACCUCAUGCUCAUUAAGUUGAGCAAACCAGUUGUGGAAUCAAACACCAUCCGGACCAUCCACAUUGCCACCCAGAGUCCGAACUCUAAAACCAGGUGCAUGGUCUCCGGCUGGGGUCAGCUAUCGGAUGGCCAGUACCCUGCUGAUUUGCAGUGUGUUUAUCUUCCUGUGGUAUCAGAGGAGUCCUGCAGAGCACUGUACCGGAACUUGUAUCAUUCCAGUAUGUUCUGUGCUGGCGGCGAGCACCAGAAGGACACUUGUCGUGCAGAUUCUGGAGGCCCCUUGGUCUGCAAUGGAGUUCUGCAGGGCCUUGUGUCCUGGGGAUUCCCUCCCUGUGGGCAAGCUGGGUUUCCAGGCAUCUACACCAACCUCUACUUAUUCAACGAGUGGAUAAGGAAAGUUACACAGACUAGAUAA